AUGACGGAGACAAGAGUUCUGCAAGUGGAUGCAAUCGAGAAAGCUCCAGAUGAUGGUGUUUAUAUAAAUGGUUUGUUCCUGGAUGGUGCUAAAUGGGAUAAAGAAAAAAACAUGCUUGCAGAGCAAGAUCCUAAAGUUCUUUCAUAUUCAAUGCCAAUUAUUUGGUUGCUUCCUUGCUUGAAAAUAAAUAUUAUGGAAGGAAGUCGGUAUAAAUCACCAUUAUACAAAACCAGUGAAAGACGAGGUACUUUAUCAACAACUGGACAUUCAACAAACUAUGUAUUACAUUUCCUUCUGCCAACUGACAGGCGACCUCAGCACUGGAUAAAGAGAGGAACAGCUCUGCUAUGCCAGUUAGAUGAUUAAAUUCAAAAAACGGCACCCUAUCAGUUAAUAUAAUUCUUCAUAAAAUUAGGCCUUGUGUUUGGCAUAGAUUUCUCUAUCGAUUUCAAGGCCAAAUAAGUACAAGUCCCUCAUUAACCGGAACAAAGAAAUCUGCGAACCUGUACUUGUUUGUCCUCGAACUCAAUAAAGUCUUGACUAAAAUCUAUACCAAACACAAGAUUGUUUCUUUGCCUAAUUUUACAUUUUACUCUGAUAUGUUUCUCUUCUGUUUUGAU